AUUAAAUUCCCAUCUUCUCCCCAUCACAUGGGCGGGGAAGCAGGAGAAGCAGCCGAUCGCUCCCUAUGGAUCCCUCGGUCACCGCCCCCGCCCCCGCCCCGGCCUCCUCCUCCUCGUCCUCUUCCUCUUCCUCCUGGCUCGCCGGUCUCGUCCGCGGCCGCUCCCUCAAUUCCGCCGCCGGUACUGGCGGCGGCGCCUCCUCCAUCCCCGCCGCCACCAACGGCCUCGGAUCCGGCUCCCGCAAGAACCAGCUCCGUGGCGUUCUCUUUAAGUACGGCCCCAAGCCCGUCCAGGUGGCAUUCAAAACCGGUGAUUUUAACCAACAAGUCAUUUUUAUCGGUGGAUUGACAGAGGGACUUUUGGCAACUGAGUAUUUGGAACCUUUGUCAAUUGCCUUGGAGAAUGAGAAAUGGUCCUUGGUGCAACCCUUACUUUCUUCAUCUUAUGUUGGAUAUGGUACUUCCAGCUUAGAACAAGACUCCUUGGAAAUAGAUCAGCUUAUUGGUUACUUAAUAAAUAAGGAAAAUUCGGAGGGUGUUGUGCUGCUUGGUCACAGUACUGGUUGCCAGGAUAUCGUGCAUUAUAUGCAUACAAAUUUUGCAUGCUCCAGGGCAGUUCGUGGAGUCAUUUUACAGGCCCCAGUUAGUGACCGGGAAUACAGAGCAACUCUUCCUGAAACUGCUGUGAUGAUAGACUUGGCAGCAAAAAUGAUAAGUGAAGGUAGGGGAAUGGAAUUAAUGCCCAGGGAAGCAAAUCCAGAUGCCCCAAUAACUGCCUACAGGUACCACUCACUUUGUGCAUACAUGGGGGAUGAUGACAUGUUCAGUUCAGAUCUAAGUGAGGACCAGUUGAGGUUGAGACUUGGUCACAUGUCAAGUACACCUUGCCAGGUUAUUUUCUCCAUGGCUGAUGAGAAUGUGCCAGACUAUGUUGAUAAGAAAGCACUGGUAGAAAGACUAUGUCAGGCUUUGGGAGGUGCCGAGAAGGUUGAAAUAGAAUGGGCAAAUCAUUCUCUCUCUAAUAGGGUACAAGAAGCAGUUCAGGCCAUCCUAGAUUUUGUGAAGAGGGAAGGACCGAAAGGAUGGGAUGAUCCGUGGAAUUAGAUCUCUCUCUCUCUCUCUCUCUCUCUCUCUCUCUCUCUCUCUCUCUCUCUCUCUACUCUCUCUCUCUCUCUCUAUAUAUAUAUAUAUAUAUAUAUAUAUAACUUUUGAAUUUGGUUUCCAAUUUUCUUUUCUUUUUUUUUCCCCUUUGUGUACCUUUUUCUCAUUUGUCAUUUGCCUUUUUUACUCAUAGCUUUUUUUGCAUGUAUGUCCAGAUUUUAUUACUUGAUUGUUGUUGAGUAUAUUAAUUUAUGAUUUUUUUUUGAUUAUUUGCCAGCUACUUGCAUUUGAUGAGUA